UUCCUCGCACCCUUGAGAAGCCCGAAGGUGACCACGCACCUUGCUGCUUCGACUCGCUCGCGCCCCCCACCCAGCCGAUCCUUUCUCUCCGAAUAGAAGAGAUAAAUUCGGGGGGCGGGGGGCGGUAUUCUAGAAGCUGCUGGCUCAGAAAGUGGGGGGUGGGCUCCCUUAGGAGCUGGAGGGUUUGGCCGGCCGGGGCUGGCUUUCCACGGCCCCUCCCUCCCUCGCUCGCUCGCUCAGCCCAGGGCCCCCCCCGCCCCCGCCCCAGACGACGUGCCGCUGCCGCAGUGGCAGGUCGGUGGAGCCGCCAGGCGCCUCUGCCGCGCGUCCGACCGCAGGGGGGAUUCAGCACCGCGGAGAGCGGCACGCCCGGGGCGCGGGCGCGAUGCGGCUCCUGCCGCUGGCCGUGCUGGUCUGGUUCUCGGUGGCUCGCGCGGGCUGCGAGCCCAAGAUCAUCAACAUCGGCGCGGUGCUGAGCACCAAGAAGCACGAGCAGGUCUUCCGCGACGCCAUCAGCCAGGCCAACAAGCGGCACGGAACGUGGAAGAUCCAGCUCAAUGCCACCUCCGUCACCCACAAGCCCAACGCCAUCCAGAUGGCUCUCUCCGUCUGCGAGGACCUCAUCUCCAGCCAGGUGUAUGCCAUCUUAGUGAGCCACCCACCAGCUCCAAAUGACCACUUGACACCAACACCUGUGUCAUACACAGCUGGCUUCUAUCGGAUUCCUGUCCUUGGGCUGACUACGCGCAUGUCCAUAUAUUCAGAUAAGAGUAUUCACCUGUCCUUCCUACGCACAGUCCCCCCCUACUCCCACCAGUCCAACGUCUGGUUUGAGAUGAUGCGCUUUUACAAGUGGAACCACAUCAUCCUCAUUGUCAGCGAUGACCACGAAGGGCGGGCUGCCCAAAAGAAACUGGAGACCCUCUUAGAAGAGAAGGAAUCCAAGAGUAAAAAAAGGAACUAUGACAGCCUCGAACAACUAUCCUAUGACAGCAAGCGAGGACCCAAGGCCGAGAAAGUGCUUCAGUUCGAACCAGGAACAAAAAACGUGACUUCGCUGCUAUUGGAAGCUAAAGAACUGGAGGCUCGGGUUAUUAUCCUUUCGGCCAGUGAGGAUGAUGCCACCACCGUGUACAUGGCCGCAGCCAAGGAAAACAUGACCGGUCCGGGUUACGUGUGGCUGGUGGGAGAAAGGGAGAUCUCAGGCAACGCCUUGCGCAACGCCCCAGAAGGGCUGAUUGGCCUGCAGCUCAUGAACGGGAAGAACGAGUCUGCUCACAUUAGAGACGCGGUCGCUGUGGUGGCCCAGGCUGUGCACGACUUGUUUGAGAAAGAGAACAUCACAGACCCGCCCCGGGGCUGUGUGGGGAACACCAACAUCUGGAAGACAGGGCCUCUCUUUAAAAGGGUGCUGAUGCAGACCAAGUAUGCAGAAGGGGUGACUGGCAGGGUGGAGUUCAACGAAGACGGGGACAGGAAAUACGCCAACUACAGCGUCAUGAAUCUCCAGAACAACAAGCUGGUGCAGGUCGGAGUCUACAACGGGAGCCAUUUUCUGCCCAAUGACCGGAAGAUCGUCUGGCCCGGAGGAGAGACAGAAACACCCCAGGGCUAUGAGAUGUCUACGAAACUAAAGAUAGUCACAAUCCACCAGGAGCCAUUUGUCUAUGUGAAGCCCACCCUGGCCGACGGGAAGUGCAAGCAGCUCCUCAACAGCACAGGGGGGCUGGUGCAGCAGGUGCUCUGCACGGGGCCCAACGAGACCAUGCCAGGCCGCCCCAGUGUGAUGCUGUGUUGCUAUGGCUUCUGCAUUGACUUACUCAUCAAGCUUGCAAAGACAAUGAAUUUUACCUAUGAAGUUCAUCUAGUGGGUGAUGGUAAAUUUGGCACACAAGAACGGGUGAACAACAGCAACAAGAAGGAGUGGAACGGGAUGAUGGGGGAACUGCUGAGUGGCCAGGCUGACAUGAUUGUGGCGCCACUCACCAUUAACAACGAGCGGGCUCAGUACAUUGAGUUUUCCAAGCCUUUUAAGUACCAAGGACUUACAAUCCUAGUCAAAAAGGAAAUUCCCCGCAGCACCCUGGACUCAUUCAUGCAACCAUUCCAGAGCACACUGUGGCUCCUGGUGGGACUGUCAGUGCAUGUGGUGGCUGUGAUGUUGUAUCUGCUGGACCGUUUCAGUCCCUUUGGCCGAUUUAAAGUGAAUAGUGAAGAAGAGGAAGAGGAUGCCCUGACCCUUUCAUCAGCCAUGUGGUUUUCCUGGGGGGUCCUUCUGAAUUCUGGCAUUGGAGAAGGUGCCCCACGAAGUUUCUCAGCUCGAAUCCUUGGCAUGGUCUGGGCUGGUUUUGCCAUGAUUAUUGUGGCCUCCUACACAGCCAACCUGGCUGCUUUCCUGGUGUUAGACAGACCUGAGGAACGAAUCACUGGCAUCAACGACCCGCGGUUGCGAAACCCUUCGGAUAAGUUUAUCUAUGCCACGGUGAAGCAGAGUUCGGUGGACAUUUAUUUCCGGAGGCAGGUGGAGCUAAGCACCAUGUACCGGCACAUGGAGAAACACAAUUAUGAAAGUGCUGCUGAAGCCAUCCAGGCUGUUCGGGACAACAAGCUCCAUGCGUUCAUCUGGGACUCAGCGGUGCUGGAGUUCGAAGCCUCACAGAAGUGUGACCUGGUGACCACAGGGGAGCUUUUCUUCCGCUCUGGCUUUGGCAUUGGGAUGCGCAAGGACAGUCCCUGGAAGCAGAACGUCUCUCUUGCCAUCCUCAACCUCCACGAGAAUGGCUUUAUGGAAGAACUUGACAAGACUUGGGUGAGAUAUCAGGAGUGUGAUUCCCGUAGCAAUGCUCCGGCAACACUCACCUUCGAAAACAUGGCAGGUGUAUUCAUGCUGGUGGCUGGAGGUAUUGUGGCCGGGAUAUUUUUAAUAUUCAUAGAAAUAGCAUACAAAAGGCAUAAAGACGCCCGGAGGAAGCAGAUGCAACUGGCGUUUGCAGCAGUUAAUGUGUGGCGGAAAAACCUGCAGUCCUCUCUCUCUCUUGUGGCCGUAGGAUUCACCUUCAGAAAAGGCCCCGAGCAUUUUUUUUUAGUGGAUAGAAAAAGUGGUAGAGCAGAACCAGACCCUAAAAAGAAAGCCACUUUUAGGUCCAUCACCUCUACCCUGGCCUCCAGCUUCAAGAGACGUAGGUCAUCCAAAGACACGCAGUAUCACCCCACAGACAUCACCGGGCAACUCAAUCUCUCUGACCCCUCGGUCAGCACCGUGGUGUGAUAUCCGGGUGCCGCUGCAGACUCCCUCGGGACAGACCAGUGGAGACUCUGAUGGGCCCUUCUGGAGACACCAAAGGGAAGCCUUUGACAUCCCUCCACAGCAUCUGCAUUGCUUUCUUCCCUCCCAGCCAUUACCGAUCCCUGCUUUCUCCAAGGGUGACCAAUAUCACUUGUGGCCUUGGGAUGAACCACUGAACAGGAGGCCUCAGAGCACCUACAUUUUUUCUAGAGUGAUGGCCUCCGUUUACUUCUCCUCUGAGACCUGCAGAGAAGGUAGUCCUGAGGGAUACUUCCACCAAGGAGAGGCUGGACUGCACAUUCAGCUGAGCGGACUGGGUCUCUUGCAGAGGGGAGAGUCUUUCCUUCAUUGCAUGCAUGCACAGAACCUCAUACACCCAACCUAUUUCACACUACGGUUUCCAGGCUGUGUUAGAGGGCUGUGAAGGGGCACCUUGCCCCAGUGAUCAUGGCUCACUAUGUAUAGCAUUCUGUAAAGAAAGCCUGUCUGCCCUCCACCUACCAUCCACAGAGCACUCUGGCACGGCCUUUUCUUUGGCUGUUACAGUGAGGGUGCCCAUGCUCCUUCAGGGCACCCUAGGUUUUCUCUGAUGUGGGGGAGAAGUCUCCCCCAUUUCUGUUCCGACUACUACUUAGCUCAUCUGUGAAACGGCGCUUUAGCCAACCCCCUCCAUACCUCCCAUCUGAUGAAGCAGCAUCUCCAGGAGAACAGGAACAGGCACCGGACCGGAGGGAGAUCGAGGACGCCUCUCUCCUUCUCCUGGCGGCUGCUGAUCCAGGCGUUCGGCCCUGCUCCUGCUGCUUG